AGUUAAACUAACGUCUAAAAUGUUAAGGCUUUCUUUCAUUUUGUGUGUUUACUUUUUCUCGCUUGCCUUAUCGCAAGGAGGGUUCAAAGAGGAUUGCCAGGUAUCGGGGUCCUGCGUACCUGACUUAACAUGUAUUCCGGGAACGACGCCCACAUGUUUAUGUGAUACCUGUCCCGCGUCUGCCCUGUUCGACGAUUGCGCGACGAACCUUCAAUGCGCAAAUAAGGAUCCGAACUCAGAAUGUUCUGCCGACGGACGUUGUACGUGCGCAGCUGGUUCUUCAAUGUUCGACCAAUAUUGUUGGAAAGAUGGUGCCUAUGGAGGCCAGUGCGUGAACGGAACUUGUACCGCCGACAAGAACGCAAUGUGUGACACGACAACCAUGCGCUGUAGUACAUGCAUACCUGGCGCAAGUCCAUUCAAUGGGAUGUGUAUCUUAGAUGGAUCGGCCAUGGGUCAAUGUGUUGGCGAUCUGUGUCCCUUGGACGAGAACGCGGAGUGUAUGGAUGGAAUGUGCAUGUGUAAAGAUGGAUUUGACCUAAUCAAUGGCCAGUGUACUGAAAAAGGAGGACCACCCGGUUUGUGUGACGAUUCGUCGAUGUGUCUCAGGGAUACGAACUCGGAAUGUAUGGGUGGUAUGUGCAUGUGCAAGACGAACUUUACACUGGUUGGAGGAGUAUGCAGGGAAGACGGAUCCACUGGGGGCUGCUGUAAUGCAGGGAAUACAUGCACGGACGAACUGGCAGUGUGCACUGACGGGUUGUGUGUUUGCAGCAUGAACUCCACUGCCAUUAGUGGGUGGUGUAUAGCAGAUGGGUCGGUCGGAGGCUUCUGUGACGGCACGGGAAACGACAUGUGUUCUAAGGACAAGUUUGCUGUGUGUAUGGACGGAAUGUGCAUGUGCAAUACACCGGACUCUGAUCUGAUCGGUGGCAUGUGUAGAAAGAGAGGUGCGCUUGGUGGAAAGUGCGACAUUUCUGGUAGCGUCUGCUCAGAGGACAAGUUUGCCAUGUGUUCCAGUGGGAUGUGUGACUGCCGGGAGGGAUAUACAGGAGUCGGUGGAAAGUGCAUCCAGAACGGUUGGCCUGGUGGCAUCUGUGACGGCGCGGGCGGGGGCGCUUGCUCCGGGGACAAGAACGCAGUCUGCAUGAACGGAAUGUGCAUGUGUCCGGGAGGAUACCUAAUGGCCAAUGGCAUGUGUCUGAAAGACGGCGGGCCCGGGGGUGUGUGUGUGUCUGGCCAGUGUCCCGGGGACAGGCAUGCUGUCUGCUCAAGCAACAAUAUGUGCGAGUGCGAAAAAAGUAUUUAUGAACGUUUGUUAUAG